ACAUGGAGCUGAGCUGCGCCCCCGCAGCGCCCCCGGGGCCGGGGCCGCCCCCCGGCCCCGCCGUGGCAGAGGGGGACGAGUACGAGAGCCUGCCCAGCGGCGCCGCGCUCGGCACGCACAUGGUGGCCGGGGCGGUGGCGGGAAUCAUGGAGCACACGGUCAUGUACCCCGUGGACUCGGUCAAGACAAGGAUGCAGAGCUUGCAGCCGGACCCCAAAGCCCAGUACAGGAGCGUGUACGAAGCCCUGAAGAGGAUUGUCCUCACUGAGGGGCUCUGGAGGCCGUUACGUGGGAUUAAUGUCACCAUGCUGGGGGCUGGCCCCGCCCACGCCAUGUACUUUGCCUGCUAUGAGAAAAUGAAAAAGUCCCUCAGUGACACCCUGCAGCAGGGAGGAAACAGCCACCUGGCCAAUGGAAUAGCUGGGAGCGUGGCCACGCUGCUCCACGACGCCGUGAUGAACCCUGCCGAAGUGGUGAAGCAGCGCAUGCAGAUGUUCAACUCCCCGUACAAGUCGGUGCUGUCCUGCGUGAGGACCGUGCAGAGGACCGAGGGCUUCGGGGCCUUCUACCGCAGCUACACCACCCAGCUGACCAUGAACGUGCCCUUCCAGGCCAUCCACUUCAUCACCUACGAGUUCAUGCAGGAGCACAUCAACCCCCGCCGCGAGUACAACCCGCGCUCCCACAUCGUGGCCGGGGCCGUGGCGGGCGCCGUGGCCGCCGCCGCCACCACCCCCCUGGACGUCUGCAAGACCCUCCUGAACACGCAGGAGAACACGGCCCUGAGCUCCCUCAACAUCAGCGGGCACCUCUCGGGCAUGGUGAACGCCUUCAGGACCGUCUACAGGCUGGGGGGGCUCCCGGGCUUCUUCAGGGGGGUGCAGGCCCGCGUCAUCUACCAGAUGCCCUCGACGGCCAUCGCCUGGUCGGUGUACGAGUUCUUCAAGUACUUCCUCACAAAGCACAAGCUGGAGAAGAGAACAUCCUUGUGAAGGUUGACCAGGAGCCUCAGUGUGUCCCUUCUGUGUGUCCCCAUCCACCACCACAGCCAGCUCUGGGACGCACAUCCCGCUGAGGGGACACGCCCGGGUUUCUGGAGGAUUCCCAUCCCCCAGGGGAGGUCCCCGUGGCUUUAAAACAAGAAGUUUAUAAAGACUUAUAAUAAUAUAUAUAUAUAUAUUUAAUAACUUUAUUUUUGGAGGAGUGGAAAUGGCAAACUGCUCUUUUUUUUUUUCUCUGGGUAAGGUUUGAAGGUGUAGUCGACUCCUUUCCUCGGGUUGUGCAAACCUGAGCUGGGUGGGUUGGUUUUUGUUUGUUGUUCUUUUUUUUUUUUUUUAAUCCUGUCACAGAACUUUUAUAGAAAUAUAAAAGAGGUGGAUAAUGUUUAUCCUUUAUUUUUCUAUGGAAGCAUUUGGGUUGUUCUUUAAAAAGCUAUUACAGCUGGAUGUGAAGCUGUUUAAAAAAAAAAAAAAGGGCUGAUUUCUUCCAUCCUGUGCGAGGAAGACAACAAAAGCAUUUAUUUUUAUAGCCAGAUUGGCUUUAAUUUUAUAGCAUUUAACCCCCAAAUGGUGGCCUGGAUUCUCACUUGGGCCUCAGGUACUUGGUGACCCCUUGAGACUCAUUGGGAUGGGGGAGAGAAGGAAUUUUGGGGGGGAGCACCCCAAAAUACCUGGUCACUUUGUUGGGGUUGAGGGGGGUUUGAAAGGGAAAACUCGAUUCCAUUUUUUUUUUUUUUUUACAAGGAGACUCUUAAGAUGCAGAUUUCUAAAGUACUUAUUUUGCAGACGCUCUUUAUUUUUAAAGGUACAUUUUUUACGGCGUGUUGACAGCUGAACAACCUUCAUCCUCCCUUAAUUUAUUCCCAGUUUUCUCACUAAAGCCCUGACCCUGCUGCCAGCAGCCACCCUGGGCUCCAGGUGGGUGCAUGGAGCUGCUCUGCUCCUGGGAAAAGGAGUGGGGAACCUGGAGCUUCUGUUUACAGUUUGAACCCUGAGUCUCAGGGGUCACAUCCUGGCAGCUCCAAACCAGCAGCAGAAACCUUGGGGAAGAACCAAAGCCACCUCUCAGCCCGUGUUUGAUGAGGAUCUGCUGCUCAUCUCUGUUGGGGAGGGGGAGAAAACCCCACCCUGGGGAGGUUCCUCGUGCCCUGGGUUUGGUUUUUCCAGCUCUGGGAAUGCUGGGCUUUGUGGCAGCCUCCCUGUGUGCCCUGCUCCUCCUGGGAAAGGCUCUUCCAAGCCCAAAUCCGCCCCUUGGGUGAUCCAGGAGGGAUUUGAGGAGCCUGGAUGUGUAAAUAGAGGUUACAGGGCACCAGCUGGUCCAUCUCCACCCUCUCUGGGACUUGCCCUGCCAGCUGCAGCAUCACUGCCCUGCUCUGCACCCUGGGAUGUGGCUUUGGGAGCAGCUUUAGGACUGGGAUGUGCCCCUGGAGCGUCCCACCAGCCAGUUGUGUUCCUUGGGAUGACACUAACCCCAUCUAAUCCCUCUCUGCUCUGUUGUUUUGGGUUUUUUUUGGGGAGAAGGUAAAUCCAAGAGCUCCUCUCUGUGCCUUGUGUAAAUGAACCACUGGUGGUGAAAAUAGCUUUUCUUGACGAUGCUUUAUUUUUUUUUUUUGGCCUUAAACUGAACUAAUCACUGUGUCAAACUCACCCUGUGUCUUAAAAGUGGAGAAGUUCAGCUCGAGGCCCCUGGUUUUGCACUGAGUGUUUCCGUGGAGAUGAGGUUUUGGGGUCACUGGAGUGCUAAAGAGGCAAAUUGUAGCAUCAUGUGGGUGAUUGGCGGCUUUUAGUGCCAGUUCAGGAGCCAAACGUGGAGUGGUUGGUCCCUCCUGCAUCAUCCCCUUCCUCUGGCUGCUGCUUGAAUAUUUCUGCCUUCACCUUUGGUGUCCUGGGAGAGCCUCAGCUCCUGCUUGGAGUGCUGGGACACAGAGCCUGGAUUUGCCUGUGGAGAAGUUGGGAUGUUGGUUGAAGUGGUUUUUUUUUUUUUUUUUUUUUGGCCAGCUGAGCAUCUCCUUGGGGAGGGGAGAGCAUGGGAACCUCCUGAGUGUUGAGCAUGAAUAAUUAAUAAUUAUCAACAAAUAGUUAUUAAUUAAACCCCAUUUUUGGGGUGGGGGAGGGCGCGGAAUUUGCUCUUCCUCAAGCUGGGAAUGGAUAAGGAGCACCUGGACAUUUAUCAAGCUCUCCCUGCCUUUCUGCCUAUCCCACAAAACCAGCCCAGCUGGUGUAAUAAUAAUUCCAGAGGUCUCUUUUCCUGAGGCUGGAUCCCCCUUCCUCCCUUCUUUUUGCAUUUGAAAGCUGAGCUUUUUGAGCCUGACGUUUUCUUUCAGCCUGUGGUCUGUGAAACCCGUGCUGCUGCUGCUGCUUCUUCCUCUGCCAGAAAAAAAAACGCACAUCACUCGUUAUUUAAGGGGGAGGAGGACGAGGAACUUGGCAGUUCUUAAGUUGUAUUGUUUAUUGUUGUUGUUUGGGGGUUUUUUUUUUGUGUUUUGUUUCUUUUUGCAAAAAGAGAAAAAGUGUUCUCUCUUCGAGGCGUAUUUAACAAUGCAGGAGUUUUUUUUUUUUUCUUUUUUUUUUGUGAAAUGCUGCUACAGUUGUAUCACUGGAGCUCGAGGAAAUAAAAUAUCCUGAUUUUUGUGCUGCUGGGCUCGUGUUUUGAGGCGGGGGUUGGUUUUCCUUGGGAGCU